AUGAACGUCCUUCGAGAAUAUGGUAAAGGCUCGCCGGAAACGCUGGACAAGACAUAUUGCCAGAAUACCGGACGACUGCACUGCAAAACAGGUGUUCGCUACGAAUCCGGUAGGAACGAGACGUGCAGGGGCGUCAAGAGCGAUAGAGGUGACUUAGUCCAUUGCACCAAUGAACCAAAUGUGUCGAUUCCUCAUGUAGCCAAUUUACUCAUUGAAAGAUCGCAAAACACCAACUGGGUGGUGGUGUAUAAGGCUCUCAUCACGACACAUCAUAUGCUGGCAUAUGGGAAUGAGAGAUUUAUUCAGUACUUAGCGUCCAGUAACUCUUCAUUUCAAUUGAGUAACUUUCUCGAUAAAGGUGGUGUCCAAGGUGCUGUUGGGGCUAAAAUGGGAUACGACAUGUCCCCUUUCAUAAGGCGCUAUGCAAAAUACUUGAACGACAAGGCGAUUUCUUAUCGUACGGUUGCUUUCGAUUUUUGCAAACUGAAGAGAGGAAAAGAAGAAGGAUCGCUUCGAGUGAUGAAUGCUGAUAAAUUGCUAAAAACUUUGCCCGUUCUACAAGCUCAACUUGAUUCACUUCUCGAGUUUGAUUGUACAGCUAAUGAUUUGACAAAUGGUGUUAUCAAUAUGUGUUUCAUGUUACUCUUCAGAGACUUGAUUAGAUUAUUUGCAUGUUAUAACGAUGGUAUUAUUAAUUUGUUGGAAAAGUACUUCGAUAUGAACAAAAAACAAUGCCGGGACGCAUUAGAUCUAUACAAAAAAUUUCUAACUCGCAUGGAUCGUGUGGGUGAAUUUCUAAAAGUGGCCGAGAACGUUGGCAUCGACAAAGGUGAUUUACCGGAUCUCACCAAAGCACCAAGUUCCCUCUUGGAAGCCCUGGAACAACAUCUAGCCACACUCGAGGGCAAAAAAGGUUCUGCCGCAAACACCCCAACACAAACAGCUAACAAUCAAAAGAACGUAAAGAGUGGAGUUACCGCCCUAUCUUCUACUAGUUCUUCUUUUGGAACUGCUGCCGCAUCCUCGAAAUUUGAUAACCCAACGAAUGGCGGUAUUGACGAAAGCUUGAAAGCACAAGCCCUUGCCGAAGAGGAAGCAGCGAUGAACCAGUAUAAGUCGAAAGUUUCAUCUCCAACGGCAGGCAGCGGAGCAAGUGCACCCAUGACAAAUCCUUUCCUUUCAUCUCCACCUACUGCUCAAGGUGGAAGUAUUGUUGAUCUUUUCGGUGGUGCCGAUGCUGGACAAGCCGGAAACAACUCAGCAUCCAAGGCAUCGGAUGAUCUCCUUCAACUCGGAAACCCAUUCGCUGAUAUGUUUGGUGCACCGCAACCAGCAGCUGCUACCGCGGCACCUGCUAUGGGAAACAACGUUUGGGCUAGCAAUGGUUUCAACGGAACCUCUGCACCAGGUACUCAGCCCAGUACGGGGAAUGCCUUCGUGUCGGACAGCAAUUUCUCAUCAGUAUUUGGUAAUACGGAAUCUGUUGCUUUGGACAGUUCGGUGCCGAAUCCUUUCUUGGUUGAUGAGUAUGAUGCGGGAACACAACAGCAACAGGGAGUGUCUAAUCGAUUACAAACGCACCAAGAGCAGCCCUUUAUUCAAGGUGAUAGUUAUGGAGGAAUCUCUUGUUAUUCUAGUGCUACUGUCACAAAAACUACUACUAAUACUACCACUACUACUAGUGCACACAAACCUGGACCACCAAUGCGUCCUCCGCCGCCACAUGGCUCAGUUGCAUCACCAGCUCUUCAAUCUCAACAGCCAAAAUCGAGCAACGACAAUGUUCUAGAUGAAUUGUAUACUAAUAUGCUGGUAUCUUUAGAAUCUUCUCAGUUAAAGCAGAACCCACCGGAUUCGGUAUCCGUUAGUGGCGAAGUGGUGGCACUUGGUGGUUCACCGCAGCACUCCGCACUACAGCAACAGUUGUUUUCGUCUAGCUCAUCAUCACGGGCUGAACAGCCUUUAGAUGGAGGUCUUAACCUUUCAAACUCAUAAUGUGUUUGUCUUUCCAUUACUGUUGGCUUACCAGUAUUCGACCAUGUUUUGCUUUCUGUUAUGCUCAUGUUUUAUUCCUGCAAUCGGUACUCUGCUAUGAUUAGGUGCUCCCUCGGGUAUCAUUUUUGGUUUUCGCUUCAGCGAACUUCGAUUCCCAUUUUUUUAAUUUUCAGAUACAUCUCCAGAUCUUCUUCAAAUCCUUAUUCUUGUAAUUGAGUUUUCGGUUAUUUGGAAAUAUUAUAAAAAUUAUUUGUUAAUUUUUUGUUGUUAGUUUUUUAUCAGACAUUCUUCUAAAAACAAAUGUUAUUUAUUCUAAAAAUAUAUCUAAUGGUACGUGAAUAUUAUUUUUGUAAGGAAAAGAAAAUGAGUUGAGUUAAUUUUGUUUCAAUAGGACUUAUUUUAUCUGCUUCCAUAAAAGGUUAUAUUUCAGUUUUUUUUUCAUACAAUUCUAACAUCCAAUUUUCAGAAAAAUUUUAAAUUUUAGUGGAAUUUCAUUUUCAAAGCAUUCCUAUAUCUAAAUUUGAAGUUCUGACUAUUAAUAUUGCUACGCAUCUUCGAGUUAAACGCUUACCUUGAAACAUGGUAGUUAGUAUCUAAUCAUGAAUCACAUUAUUCACAAUCGUUUUCUAUCUCAUUCACGCGUAUCGCCUAUUCUUCAUUUAUUUUCAUGUCUUCAGUUAGGUUAUUUUCCGUCUUGUAUUCCGAAAAUAUUUUAUAGGACAUGCAGAAAAAAUAAUCUUACAUAAUUUUGUUUUAUAACUGAUUGUUACCAAACAAUUAUUGAAAAAUUGCUCAAACACGAGCUUUUAAUUUUUCGCUUUUCAACUAUUAGAGAACAAAGAACAAACUUACACAUUUGACAAAGUAACAGUGUUUAAAAAAUCAAUUAUCACACUUUCGAGAACUCCAAAAUAUUAAAUUGCUCAAAAUACUAAGUAGAUUCUAGAAGAAUAGGGCUUUCAGUUUUCGCUAGAAAUCUAAAACUUGCCCCUGGAGUUAGGCACAAUCGUAACAUUUUUUCAAAUAUGUAUAAGUAUCAUCACCAAAAAGAAAAUUACUAAAGAUUGAAAAAAUAACAAAAAAUAUCUGCUAUGCGAAAACUGCACUGAUUAGCGUUUGAGAUCACGGAAGCUUUAAAGAACGUAUUUUUAUUGGUCUACAGUUCGUAAGUUAACGAGAUUCUCAGUAAUAAGCCACCGUCCCUAUUGAUUCAUCAUAUUCGGAGUCGAGGUUUGCGAAAAAUUUCAAAAUUAUGUGAUUUUUGAUCAAAAUCCUGUAACUAAAUUCUGUGAUUUUUAGUUUAAUUUCGUUAGCGUUAUGAAGAUAAGUUUUAAUCGCCGAUAAAUUUAUUAAUUUAAGUAUGUUCUUGACACGUGCGGCGAGAUGAAAUGCUAGGUGGAAGAAUUUGUAAAGGAACGAAGAACAGGCGGAUAGGCAAGCAUCAGAUGAGCUUCGUAGGAUAAAAUUUUGAAUAGGUGUUGAAACUGUAAGUCUAGGACAUUUUUUUUAUUGGAAAACAUGAAAGUGUGGUGGUACGCCUUUGCCGUACAACAGACUACUCUGUAUAGGAAGCGUGAUCGACUUUUGAUCAGAUCCCGGCAACGUUAUACAAUCCGUGUGGAGCACAUCUCUCAUAUUUAAGCUUUUUUCCUCAGAUUUAAGCUUUUUUCUUCAGAUUUGAGCAUUCUUCUCCUAUGCUCUCAAGGCAAAAAAACUUAAAUCUGAGGAAAAAAAGCUUAAAAACGAGAUUCACCAGCACUUAUUUUAAAGAUGUUGGUCACACGAUACAUAGACGAAUCCUGUAUCGUUGCCGGGCAGAUCCCAUACA